ACCCAGCUGCCUAAUUUUAGAGCAUGAGUAAUCCCUUUGCAAAUUUUUACCACUGUAUCUCUUUACAUUAACUUCGUAUUAAUUGAGAGCAUUAACCUGUAGAUUGCUCAGUGAUUUAGUUCAGCGAUCAUAAAUCUAUUGAUAAUUAAUUUUGCAAAUGCUUAUUGUAGCAAGUUCUUCUUAUGACAGAUUACUAUCAAUAAAAGCAAUAUAACAGUUGGCGAUCAUAGCAGUAGUCUAAACUUAAAUUUGUGUCAUAUCUACUCGAUUUGGAGCAGUAUAAUUCAAAUUCGAUAUUUUCUGUGAUGUACGUUUAAGAAACAUGCUAUUCUGAUUUACGGUAUUUUAUAACCAAAUUGUGUCUGAUUUACAUGGUUUUAUGACCGGACUUCUAAUUUAGUUGUCUUUCUCCUACAUGACUUUAACUUUUGUUUUUUUGUAAAAUAUGUUUAUGCUUUAUUUGUAUAGGUAAACGAUCUCUACCUUCACGCUGUUAUUCGGAUACUGAAUUAAUUUCAUGUUGUUUGUUUCGGUGUUUGUGGGGCGCGGAAUUAAAUGAUAAUUUUAUAUUAAAUCAGGUGUAUAGUCUGAAUUUGUAACUUAGGAUAUAUAGAUGAAAGCAGUUUUCAAAAUUAGACCGAUGAACCUCCAACUGCUUGACUGCAAUCAUGCCAAGGCGUUAUGAUAUUCAGCCAUGUACUAUUCUCUGGUACAACAGGAAAGAAAUAAAUUGUGUCGAGAUGGAUGUUGAACAGCUGGAAGCAGAGGCGAAAGCCACAGCAGCAAAACAUGUUAUCAACAUGCUUCAGCGACCCGGCCAACUGGAAAAGGUGGAGCAGUAUAAGAGGAGGGUGAGUCGCAAGAAGGCAUCAGUGGAGGCCAUGCUGAAGUCUGCAAUGCAGAGUCAGCUGGAUGGGGUUCGUGUUGGCCUCAACCAGUUGCAGAUCGCCCUUCACGAGAUCGGAGAAAUUAAGCAGAACCUUAAGUGGAUUGAAGAAUCGUUUGCAGCUGUGCCAGGACUCUAUGCAAAGCUGCAAGAUGUCCGUGAUGAGAACAUGAGACACUCGCAGUACGUGACGGCCAUGGAGAACCUGAAGCACAUCUUCACAGUGCCUGAGAGUGUUGAGAAGACGAAGCAGUGGAUCAGCGAAGGGAAACUGCUGCAUACACACCAGAGCCUGACAGAUCUGGAAAACUCUCGUGAUGACCUUCUGUACGAGCUACACAAGCUUCCGAACCAGGCCCCUGCAGACAAAGUUAUGCUAAAGGCGUACUUUGAGGAUGUGGAGGUGCUGUCACAGCUACUGGAGAAGCAGCUGCGUCUGGUGCUCAGUAGGACCCUGAACACUGUCAGGAAGGAGCCUACUGUCAUCGUGACUGCCCUGCGCAUCAUCGAGAGAGAAGAGAAAGCAGACGGCUUUGCGCUGCAGCGGCAAAAACAGAGUGGAUUCCUGCCUCCAGGACGGCCCAAAAAAUGGCGUGAGAAAGCAAUGGAAGUCCUGGAGAAAGCUGUGGCCCAACGAAUAGAAGGCACACAGGUGGAUGAACGGAAUGAUAACAAGAUGUGGCUGGUUCGUUACCUGGAGCUGACACGGCAGCUCAUUCUUGAAGAUCUGCGUGUGGUGAAGACACUUUGUGUGCCCUGCUUUCCUCCACAUUAUGACAUUGUCAACAAGUUUGUGCACAUGUACCACACUGCCCUUUCCCAUCACCUGCAGGAGGUCAUACAGAAUGGGCUCGAAGGGAACGAGUAUGUGUCGAUCCUGUCUUGGAUUAUGAACACAUACACUGGUCCCGAGCUGAUGCAGCAUCCAGAACUGAACAUUGACACAUCGUCUAUUGGCCCCUUGCUGAACAAUGCUGUGAUUGACAGUCUCCAACAGCAGUACCUGAAGAACAUGGAGACGAACUAUAUGGAGUGGAUGCAGAAAACUCUGGAGACGGAGAAGUUGGACUGGGGCAAUGGUACAGCUCCGGAAGGGGAUGAUCAGGGUUUCUUCCACACGUCCGCUCCAGUCAUUAUCUUUCAGAUGAUUGAUCAGAAUCUGCAAGUGACACGAACAAUCAGUCAAGAUCUGACAUUCAAGGCUCUGUUGUUAAGCAUGGACCAGGUUACACAGUACGGAAAGAUGUACCGUGAUGCUAUCAUCGAAUUCAAAAUACGACACUUUGAAGACAGAAGUAAGGUCCCAUACUUCACGCACUACAUGAUCACGAUCGUGAACAACUGCUUACAAUUUGUGGAGUUGGCACAACUGAUGAAGCAGCACUACUGGCGGCCUGGUCUCCAUGACAACGAGGCAGGCACGAAGUUUGAGGCUCUUCUCAAUGCUUUCCAGCAACUGCGAGAUGAGGCAGCUCAGUUCCUUCUCGAAGAGGCAUUUCUUGACCUGGAGCCACAGUUCCAGGACCUGAUCACCAGUAAGUGGGUGAUGAGCAGCAUUCCUGUCGAUACAAUCUGCGUCACCCUGGAAGAUUACUUCCAGGAUUACAUCCAUCUCCGUGUCCGCAAUUUUGACUACGUCAUCUCUGAAGCUCAGAACUGGGUUGCAAAGCGCUACAUAUCUGCCUUGCUUCAGAAGAAGAUAACAUUCAAGACAUAUGAAGAGAGACGAGAUGCAGCGGUUAAAAUCAUGGCUGAGGCAGAACAGGUGAAGGAAUUUUUUGUACGACUUGCACCAAAAGUAGCAAAAUUUGAUUCCCCGUUUGAAAUUAUUAACACAUUAGCUGAAGUUCUCAAAAGUGAGGACCCGGAGAUCUUGUCCCUGGACCUCCAUGGCUUGGUUGAUAAGUACCCAGAUGUUACACAGGAUCAUCUGGUUCAUCUGCUAAGUCUCCGUGGAGAUAUCUCUCGCUCAGAAGCCAGAGAGAAAGUUGCUUACAUCCUUCAGACGAAUAAGACUAGGAAACGGCCAACCAUUCCAAAGAGCAUAUUUUCUCUGAUCUCAUAGGUGGUUUACACAAUUGCCACAUCAGAUAUAUGUUACACAAGUCUGCUGGCCAGCUUAUUACUUCAUUGGCUUGGAUGUGUACCAGACAUUUUUGGCUUCAGGGGGGCGUUAAUUAGAUGAAAAUUGUGCGAUGUAUUUGAGAUUGGCCACAUCUGUUUUACUGAACAAAUUUUAAUUGGCCAGGAAUGAUUAAUUUUGAAGCAUAAUAUGUCAGUAUACAUUUUUUAAUUUUUACGUCAUAUACCUCAGAGGUUCAGUUGAUUCCCCACAAAACUGUAAGUCUGCCUCAUAUAAAUGGUGCCCACUGUGAGUUUGUUGUCAGGUUGUGGCAUGACAUUAUUCACGACAGAAAACAUUUGGUUACAGAACAGAAUCAUAAAUCAUGUUGUCCUGAAGAAGCUUAAAAUGAAUCUUCAUAUAAUAAUAAUGAUCAACUGAACAGAAAUUUAUAAUGAAAUUGUUCCAAAGAUAGUAAUUUAGAAAAUUUGCGAAGUUACAAAUUGUACAAGAUGUGAGGAUCUUGUGGAGGUGACUCUAUUGUGACGCUGUCCUUCUGGUAGAUUGUUGCCAGUGUUUCGGGCUGGACCUCUGUCUCUACACCUGUCGUUUAAGAUGGUGCAGCACAUUUCUACCAGGCUGCACUGUGUCACACCCCAAAACCCACUAAUCUUUACAAGUUGUACAAUAGGUUUAAUGUUAAAUCAUUUUGCAAGGAUGCAUGAUCCUUCCAUGGUUCAGAGCCCCAUGUUAAGGCGCAGGUCCUGUCUGCAAGUAAUCAUCUGGAGGUAAUGAAGACUCAUCUCAUAGGUACUCACAUCUCAUGAGUGACAAGAUGGGCACAUGUCAGACACAUUGACUGUACCAUUACCAGAGGCAUCAGCCACAGCAAGCUACAGUGGAACCUCCAUUUAAUGUUCUGUAAUUUAAGGUGUUCCCCUUUACGGAGUGAGUCAGUGCAGCGGUAAAACUCUUAGGCUUGUAUUUGAGAAGUACUUGAUUGGAAUCAGAGGCAGAACACUGGCAAUCCUGAUGCAGUUUCUCCAAGCAGAUGCUGUGAUAGUAGCUUAAUUCAUCCACAAAAUCCUUCUCAAUUUAUCAUUCAUCAGACACUGCACCAUUCGACACUGUAUAGUCAAGCUACUGACGGUGUCAUGAAAUACAUAACAGGAUUUUCUCUUAUUUAAUGUUCACUUUAGUGUUCAGAUCCGCUGUUUUGCUAAGAAACCUUGAAUGGGGGGCUACACUGUAUACCUGUUUGUUUAUUUGUAUGACUGCAUUGUUAACCACAAGUAUUGCAGGGCUUGUCAGAUUGGAUGGAGCUUUAUACAGAUGGUGUAUUCUUGUUCAUUUAAAGUAUGUUGAUGUUCAGAUGAAAUUAUAUAAAUGUGAAACAUGUUGGAAUUAUUGUUAAAAUGUUUGGUGAAAUAUAAAAUGUUUAUGAGUUA